GUUGAGGCGGCUUUCCCCGCUGGGCGGAUCCUGGCGCAGGCGCAGUGGCUCGGGCAGCCUGAACCCGCGGCUCCGCCUUAGGGAGGAGGGCCGCCCUGCGCCCCUUGCUGGUCCGGGUCUCCCGGGGGCUCACCCGAGCGAUGCCCCGCUAUUGCGCAGCGAUUUGCUGCAAGAACCGCCGGGGAAGAAACAAUAAAGACCGGAAGCUGAGUUUUUACCCGUUUCCACUACAUGACAAAGAAAGACUUGAAAAGUGGUUAAAGAAUAUGAAGCGAGAUUCAUGGGUUCCCAGUAAAUACCAGUUCCUGUGUAGUGACCAUUUUACUCCUGACUCACUUGACAUCAGAUGGGGUAUUCGAUAUUUAAAACAAACUGCAGUUCCUACAAUAUUUUCUUUGCCUGAAGACAAUCAGGGAAAAGAGCCUUCUAAAAAAAAAUUCCAAAAGAAAAAAUUGGAAGAUGAGAAAGAAGUAUGCCUAAAAGCCAAGUCAGAAGAAUCAUUUGCAUUAAAUGAGGCAAAGAGAAAUACAGUUAACAUGAAUGUGCUCCCUGAAAGUGCAGAAUUACUUGGUUCAUCUGCCUUUGUGAAGCCAUCAGCUGCAAAAACAGGAUGUAUACAGAAUAACUCAGUAACUCUUAGUCUAGUUAAACAAGAUAUCAGAAAACCAGAAUCUUUCUUGGAAACAUCAGUUAACCAAGAUAAAUGUAUAGGUGAUCUUCACACAUCUUUCGAGAACCUAAAUUCUACAACUGUUAAUUUUACUACUUCAAAUUCAGAAGGUAUUCAACAAUCUUUGGAAACCCAAGAAGUACUUGAAAUAACUACCAAUCAUCUUGCUAAUCCAAACUUUACAAAUAAUUUCAUGGAAAUUAAGUCAGCACAGGAAAAUCCAUUCUUUUUCAGCUCAAUUAAUCAGACAGUUGAAGAAUUAAAUACAAAUAAAGAAUCCAUUAUUGCCAUUUUUGUACCUGCAGAAAAUUCUAAACCUACAGUUAAUUCUUUUAUAUCUACCCAAAAAGAAGCCAUAGAAAUGGAAGAUAUAGACAUUGAAGACUACUUACAUAAGGAUGCAGACUAUGGGACAGAAGUUUUACAGAUUGAACAUUCUUACUGCCGACAAGACAUAAAUAAGGAACAUCUUUGGCAGAAAGUCUCUAAGCUACACUCAAAGAUAACUCUUCUUGAGCUACAAGAGCAGCAAACCCUGGGAAGAUUGAAGUCUUUGGAAGCUCUUAUAAGGCAGCUGAAGCAGGAAAGCUGGUUAUCUGAAGAAAAUGUCAAGGUUAUAGAAAACCAUUUUACAACAUAUGAAGUCACUAUGCUAUAGAGUAGAUAUUUUAAGCUAUUACUGUUAUAUAAGCACUUUCCAGACAAACCAAAUUAUAUGUAAAGUGGACUUUUUCUUGUAUAAAAUUCUUAACUUAAUGAACCUAUGAUAGUGUUCUAAUGUGAUCUGCAUUCCGUUCUUGUAAUCUUCAUUUUUUAGAAAAAUUGGAGAGUUGGACUGGAGAGGAAAAUGGUUUUAUUACUUGAUAAUUUUCCAAAUUAAAGGUAAAAUGCAGUGAAUGAAUAGUGUGAUUCAGUGCUAACAUGAGAGUACAAAGAUUUGGUCAAAAAAGCCCAAAUAGAAGUCAGGCCCAGGAGUCAAUCCUAGUUCUAUUAUUGGCAUAUGACUUGAGGACGUUACUUAUCAAGUUUGCGCCUUAGUCAAUAAUCUAUAAACUAAAAGCACUUAACUAGAUCUCUGAUAACGUUUCUUUAUAGUUUCUUCUCUCUCUGUUAAGAUGCUUUUAUUAGAAUAGGUUUUCUAUAAGAUAAUAUAUGCUUACAUAAUACUAAGUGUUAGUUAAAAUUGGAUGAUGUUAACUUUUGGAAUAUCCUCAAUAUUUAUUAAAUUCUGUAUUGUUUGAUCUUUCGGCCAUAGAAUCUGUAAUAUAAAGGAAGAUAUACCCUUUAUAAUUUUAUUCUAGUUGAACUAAACUAAGGAACCACCUAUUAAGCCAGUUCUUAGGACAGGUACUUCACAGUUGAAGGAAUAUGUAUUUCAUUACUUUAUAUGUAGCUAAUCAUAAUACAUGGUCAUUUAAGCUUCUUAACAUUCUGUAUAUAGUUAUAAACCAAAAAUUUUAAUGAGGCUAAUUUUAAAUACACAUAUUUUAGAAAUAAUAGUUCCUGUUUCUUAAUAGAUGUAGCUUUUAAACUGCUUGAGCCAUUUUUUAAUUUCAAAAUCAGGGUGAUGCUUAAUACUAUACAUUCCCACUUAUGUAUAUUUUAUUAAAACUUAUAAGAAAUUAAUGAUAAAUGGCAAUGACCUUAGGGAGACAAAGGUUCUCUAAAGAGAGACAAAUGAUGAUGAUAUAAAUAAAAAUGCUGCUUCUAUCUACACAGAUUUAAGAAAAAUAUAAAAUCAAAGACUUUGUGGUAACAACACAAAUGUGAAAAUAGAUGUUUCCUUAAAAUUGAAGACAAUAUGAUAUGUUACUACCCAUGGUGCUGAGCAAGUUUCUAUUGGUCUGAUUCUUAAGUUUUCUCAUCUACUAAAUAGAAAAUACCCUUAUCAGUCUGAAAGGAUGGUUUUGAAAAUCCUGUAAGGUAACAUGUUUUUGGUCCUGGAAAAUAGGAGGUGCUCAAUAAAUAUUAGUUAACACUGAGCUGCGAAUAAUAUGCUAAUUGUUUUGUAAAUGCAUGAUGAUUUUGGGGGGCUAUAUUUCACAUAGUUUCUUCAGGCUAAUAAAAUUAAUUGCUAUUAUAUGAAA